AUGAUGCUCACCCUGCGUUUUAAAAUCAGGGUGAUCAGCCUCGUCAAGCCCGGGGCUGCACCACCCCAAGCCCUACUGCGGCUCUCGGCCCCCGUUUGGGGGGCAGCGUUUUGUUCCGGCGCGGUCUCAGGGGCUCUCUGGCUGCGUUUCAGGGGCAACACCAGGGUGGAGGAAGCCUGCGAGAUGUACACCAGGGCUGCCAACAUGUUCAAGAUCGCCAAAAACUGGAGCGCCGCAGGAAACGCGUUUUGUCAGGCGGCCAAGCUGCACAUGCAGCUGCAGAGCAAACACGACUCGGCCACCAGCUUCGUGGACGCCGGGAACGCCUACAAAAAAGCAGACCCGCAAGAGGCCAUCAACUGCUUAAAUGCAGCUAUCGAUAUCUACACCGACAUGGGGCGAUUCACCAUCGCUGCCAAGCACCACAUCACCAUUGCGGAGAUCUACGAGGCCGAGCUGGUAGACAUUGAAAAGGCGAUUGCACACUACGAGCAGGCUGCAGACUAUUACAAAGGAGAGGAGUCCAACAGCUCAGCCAACAAGUGUCUGCUGAAGGUGGCUGCCUACGCCGCACAGCUGGAGCAGUACCAGAAGGCGAUAGAGAUCUACGAGCAGGUCGGAACAAACACGAUGGAUAACCCUUUGCUCAAGUACAGCGCGAAAGAGUAUUUCUUCAAAGCCGCUCUGUGCCACUUCAUCGUGGACGAGCUGAACGCGAAGCUUGCGCUUGAGAAAUACGAAGAGAUGUUCCCAGCGUUCACAGAUUCACGGGAGUGCAAGCUAUUGAAAAAACUGCUGGAAGCCCACGAGGAGCAGAACUGCGAGGCGUACACCGAGGCAGUCAAAGAAUUCGAUUCCAUAUCGCGGCUGGACCAGUGGCUUACAACCAUGUUGCUUCGCAUCAAAAAGUCAAUCCAAGGAGAAGGGGACGGGGACCUGAAGUGAAGGGCACGCAGGCCGAGCCAUCUGCUCGCGUUACAGCCAAGGACCGCUCCGGGACGCGCGAUACAACACCCAGCUUUGUUUUGUCGCUUACAAACCCCGUGACUUGUGUGUUUCUUUAGUAUCCCGCUCUUUGUCGUGACAACACGGGUAGAGGUGAGGCGA